AUGUCCGAACAAACCGCGCUGGCUCGGUUUCCCAAAGCCAUCAGCCGCUGGCUUGGCUAUCGUUCGAGUCCCCACAAACCUCUACCGCAGUACCAGGUCUGGGGCUGGUCGUUCAUCGCUUCCUUUUGCGGUCUCUGUGCCUUGCAGGCCAUAUUCAACUACUCCCAGUAUUUCAUCAGUCGAGGCGUACCAGGCAUCAUUGCCUCGUUCGGCGCAUCGGCCGUACUGGUCUAUGGUGCGAUUGACGCUCCCCUGGCGCAGCCCCGUGCACUUAUAUUCGGUCAUUUCCUAAGUGCAUUGGUGGGAAUAUGCAUCACGAAGCUGUUUAGCCUGAUCCCGGACGAGGAAAAGUUCCAAUCGGUGCGAUGGCUCGCCGCAUCGCUGUCCACGGCUGUCGCCAUUGUGGUCAUGCAGGUCACUCAGACCACUCAUCCCCCGGCGGGCGCGACGGCCCUUCUCCCGGCGACCGACGAUGCAGUGUGGGAGAUGUCAUGGUACUUCCUGCCUGUGGUUUUGUUGUCCUCCACGAUUGUCCUUCUGGUAGCACUGCUGUUGAACAAUAUUCAGCGUCGCUACCCGGUGUUUUGGAUCGCUCCGGCUAAACCAGCUCCAAGCCCUGCGCAAAAUGAUCUGCCCAAGUGA